AGGUCUCUUCCUGCCUAGUUCACUGUGUGUGUGUGUGAUUUUGCAGGUACAACAGACUUGAAGUCUGUUCUGGUUUUGCACAAGAAAUAGUCUCCAGUUCUUCUCCAACAGAUCUGCUGCUGCUUUCCCACUCAGAAGAGAGACCAGCUGACUGAAAAAGUACCUUUCCCUUCAGCAGAAAAAGGAUUUGGGAUACAAGUCUGUCUCAAAAGGAAACACCAUUGAGAUGUUUUGUGAAGGAAGUUUUGUUUCUGCACAGUUGAGCACGGCUUCAACCUCCUAAUGAUCCAGCACUAUGGCUUUGAUCUUGUUUUCUUUUGCUGGUGUUAUCCCGUCAUCAGCCAGUGAGAGACAGACAAGAAAACUGGCUUUAUCAGGAAGACAGUUAUUCUUUUGUUCUCCAGGAUUACAAAGGGCUUGGCUUCUAAUGGUCUUUACUCAACCUGUGCAUGGAUAAGCAGGACUCAUGGCUCAGGGCAGGCUCUGGGACUGCUGCUGUGCCCUGCCAUCAGCACCUGCUUGCAAGGCCUUGUUUGRAAUAGAUGAUCCUCAUGGAAAAGGUAGCCCAAGGCUUCCUGCUGCUGCUGAACCAUCAGGGUUUUUUUCAARGAAAAGAAGGAACAAAGGAUGUGAUGCCUGGAUAGCUGUAUCUGGGCUCAUCAACACGUUGCUCUGGCUGGUGUGGCAGGUACCCAGGAGUGACAAGAAAUUCAGCUCAGUUCAGCUGCAGAUGAAAGCUGUAACUUUCCAUGGAAACCACUGGAUUGAUUCUCUACCUUUGGCUACAGGAGGAGCCGGUCCCUGUGCCCCAGGGCCGCAGGGCAUCGCUCAGCGGCGUCUGCUACCUGACCAUGGGCCUCCUGGUGCUGCUGCUGGGCCUGGUCUUUGCCUCCAUGUACGUCUACAGAUACUUCUUCAUCACCCAGCUGCCCCGUGAGAGCGUGUUCCACUGCGGUGUCCUGUACGAAGACUCGCUCUACUCGCCCUUCAAAGGGCAGCUGGAGCUGCACGAAGAUGUCAAGAUCUACAUUGARGAGAACUACGAGCAAAUCAAUGUCCCGGUGCCCCAGUUCGGAGGGAGUGACCCUGCGGACAUCAUCCACGAUUUCCAGCGAGGUCUGACRGCGUAUCAUGACAUCACGCUGGAUAAGUGCUACGUCAUCGAGCUGAACACCACCAUCGUGAUGCCUCCUCGCAACCUGUGGGAGCUGCUGGUUAAUGUGAAGAAAGGGACAUACCUGCCCCAGACAUACAUCAUCCAGGAGGAGAUGAUCGCCACGGAGCACGUCAGUGACAUGGAGCAGCUGGGCUCCUUCAUCUACCGCCUGUGCAGCGGCAAGGAGACGUACCGGCUGCGGCGGCGCAGUGCCCGCAGACGUAUCAGUCGACGUGAGGCUGGAAACUGUCAUCGUAUUCGUCACUUUGAAAAUACUUUUGUGGUCGAAACUGUUAUCUGCCAAAAGUCAUGAAGCCACUCUCCAGAUGUAACCUUCCUCGGCUUUGCUUGCACACAUGCUCACACAUGCUCUCAGCCCUCUCUUUAGACAUGGUAAUCUGGCUACUUUUUAUACUCCCCCUGGCUUGUGCAGCUCUAACCUCUGGGGUCCUUUAUGGCCUCUUGUUCCCUGCUACCUACCCAAGACAUCUGCUGGGCUUAAAUUUACACAGUGGUCAAAGAUAACCUGAGGGUAGGUGCAGCUUCUUCCACACCACAGAAUGGAAAUCUCUUUUUGGGAGUAGGUUUGGGUAGAAGGGAUGGCUGAGAAAUAGGAAUGCUGGAAAUAGGUGCUCUUUUCCUGGCUAAGCAAUUUCAGGCUSGGAUAUUGCUCUGGGGCUGCCUUGGCAUUGGGACAGAGGGUGUAUGCACAAGAGGAGGAUUUCCAUUUUGGUGCUGAUGUAAGGACCUAAAUCAGGUGCACUUAGGAAAGGAAGAGUUGUGGAGCUGCAGACAGAGUGAUUUGGAAAGCUCAGCAGAGAGAAGAUUUCUGCCCAAAACACGCUGUGGUGUCCCAUUUUGCUGUGUGUUGUCCCACUGAAGAUGAGAUUUUCAAACACUAAGAGCAACCAUUGUGUGCUGKUUUUGUGACCUGCUCCUCCAGAACGUGGCUCAGCUGAGAGUGCAGGGGGUCCUGGGGGGUGUCCAGGGGGGCAAGAGGACAGGACAAGGGGCAGUGAGAUGGGCAGAGGAUGACAUGAGUGACACAGCAUGUCCCAGCUCUCUAGCCACCAAGCAGAGGGUGAAGUACAUGGCUCUGUAGUUCUUUCUCUAGCACACAGUUGCACUGUUGUGGAUCCUGGGCAGAUCUGCCGUUACCUUGCCUGAGUAAACAGAGGUGUAUUUUUGAUGCAGGGCUCUAAAGCCCCACUGAUGGACCAUCUGCAGGCUGUGGCUGCAGGUGGAACCCCGUGUCUGUCCUGGCCAGCUCUGCUUGCUUGGGAGGAUGAGUUGUGCUCACAUGGAUGUGUGUUCCUGAACUGUGCGUGGAUGGGGYACCAUGCCUGCACACCAAGGGCAGCAGAGCUGGUAGUUACUGGCAAGUGAAAAAGCAGAUUUUUCAUACCUUUUAACAGUAUGUAUUCUUGUGUAACUCCUYCAGUGAAAUCUGUUUUGAUAGUAAUCACUGUAAUCCAGCUGUGUAUCACGUUAUCUGCAGGCACCAUUGUAGAACAGGUGCUGAUAAAAGGCAAGAUUCAGCUGAUCAAUAUACUGCAGAGAAAUUGUGUGAACAMAACUGAAUUUCUAUUGAUCAUCAGGCAAAAGAAUUGCAGAGUAAUUAAAUAUUCUUCCCUCUGUUCCAUAAAUACGGUUAAAACUAAUUAGGUUCUUGAAAUGCAGGCAGUUUUUUGGCUUGAAAGAAUGGGGUGAGUUUCAACUUGGCACAUUCUUGUUAAUUGGUUUCCAGCAAAUCUGGACUUGUUCACCAUCUGUUGAAAUGAGCUUGUUGUUUUGGAAGAGGAAAGAUAAAGUAAAUGCAAGUACAAUCAUUAACUCAGCAGAAUCAAAACCCAGAAAGAAUAUAUUUUAAAUUUUUGAGUGUUAAUACUMUGAGUUAAUUAUGUGAAAACAAAACAGGAUCUCAGAGUGGUCAUAUAAUGCAGUAGGAAUUAGUAUGUCCUUAGAGGCUGAGUAUUUAUUUUUUUAUAUAAAUACAGUCAACUAUAAACAUUAAGUUCUAUCAAGUAGAGGAGGACACUUUUGUUUCAUUCUGCUUUAAACCUGAUGUUAAAGGAAGAAUUAUAUGCACUUCAUGCAGGUUGAUAUGGAAAGUUUCCCGCUGCCAGAUGGCUGUUUACUUUUCUAGCAUUGUGUUUUCCCAGCAAUAACUUGCUGCUAGCCCCAGCCUUUAAUUGCCAAGAGGAUGACAAGAAGUGGGUCAGAGAAUUGGUUCAUUUAAUGGAAGCAACUGGUAAAUUUAAGCCCUGUGUUUCUCUUCAUUUCCAGAAGCCUAAGCCUGCACUCAGGUGAGCGUAAAGGCCUCUUCCCCUCCCCUCUGGUUCUGCAUGAUUUAACUGGUCAUUGGAUAUGCUAACUCUGUGCAAUCCCGCAGCUGUAAGGACAAACCUUGGUUCUUUAAGGUGAACUAAUGUGGUCUCUGUUUCAUAGGAUGAGAAUGCAGUYGUCUAGAAAGAAAACAUAAGAUGCUUUGUAUAUUUUGUCUGGUAGGAAUCUUACUUCUUAGGAAAAACCCAUGGGAUAAUAAACUCUUUUACCUCUGA